GGUAAACUUCCUAUUCGUUUCUAUGGUUUCAGCCAGGCUCUUUGUUUUCUUUUGUUCAUUGGCUGUUCUUAACUUAAAUCAAAUUUAGUCCCGCCUACUUGGCCGUGGGAAACAAAUCAGCAGUGAGAAAGCAAGUCAGUGUCAUGACGUUGCCUCAGUGCUAACCAAUCCGGUUAGACCGUUUAAGAGGGGGCUCUUCAGUUUUGGGCCAGCGUUGUUCAUAACCGACACAAGGCGAAAGCGUAAUAAGAGGUAUGUCUCCAGAGGAUGAUCUCCAGAGUCCCCCCCUUGGUUUCAGCUCUACCAGGGACGAUGUCACUCUGAGUUGUGGUGAUCUAGAUAGCUCUCAUGAGCUGGGCAGAAGGAGCAGGGCACGCAGCAGUCUCCAGACAAGAACCUCAGAGGCCGACAUCAGUUGCCAUGGAGACUUUGCCAGGGGAAAGAGCCCUUUCCUGAAAACACUGAUUGAUGCAGAAGCGGCUGCCAACUCUGCAGCCAUACAACUUGUGUCUUUUAAAGAUGCAAUGGAAGACGAAUUUGCUGAUUCCAGACGAUCUUCCAUAGAUAAGCGCCGAAUUGCAAGGCAGAGAGGGCUGUUGCUGGAGAAGUUGGAGGACUUUAGGCGAAUAAAUAAGUCUGUUCGACAGAAACUGAAACAGCUCCAGGAAGCCGAGGCUGAAAGAAUUGAUGCCAACCAUCAGAUUGACAUCUUACUGAAGAAGAUCUCACAGGCUGAAAGUGAAAAUGAGCAUUUAAAAAGAGAUUUGAGUGAGACAGAAAGAAGAGUUGAGGAGCUGAUGGAUCUGCGGAGAGAAGAGCAGGAGAACAUAAAGACUGCAGUUCACAUGACCAAGUCUGUGGAGGCAACUCGCGCUCAUCUGCAGGGGCAACUGCGCAACAAGGAAGCUGAAAACAAUCGCCUGACUGCACACCUACGGACUCUGGAAAGAACCCUGACUGAGCAGAAGAUGGAGAUUGAUGAUCUGAAAGGCUCCAUCACCUCUUUGACUGAGAAGGCAGCCCAGGACAAAGAAUCUCUCAAGAAAGCCACUCGAGCACAGAAACUGAGAGCUGAGAGAUUCGAAGCCGCCAUUGAGAAAUGCUAUGCACAGUUGAGGGAAAAGGAUGCUCAGAUAGUCAAUGCCCGUUUAGAACGGGACUCCAGGAGACAGCAAAAGGAGCAGAUGACAGAUGAAAAAGACAAGCUUGUUGCUCAUAUAGAGUUACUGAAAAGUCAAAUCGCAGACUUGACUGCGAGGCUGCAGGAGGAGAAGCAGGAGCUAACCGUGGCCAGUGAAACUCUGAUGCAACGUGUUGAACAACUCAGCGCUGAAAAUGGAGACCUCAACGUCAAUAAUGCAGCACUCAAGGCAUCUGUGGCAGAGUUGGACCAGCAGCUGGCUGAUUGUGAGUCUGCACUGGUAGAGGAGAAGGUCGUGUCUCAGGAGAGGAAGCAUCAGGCCGAACAGUAUAAAAAUCAGGUUGCAGAACUUCAAGCUGAGAUAGAUGAUCUGAGGAUAAAAUAUGCAAAGAUUUUACGAGAGACAGAGAAGGCAUGUGAUGGGAAAGAUACAGAAGUUGAGAAGAUGGAGAGUCAGACACAACUGCUGAAAUCAUCUGUGGAGAUGAAAGAGUCCAUUCAUGAGGCCAAUUUGCAACUACUGGAGAAAGUGAAUUCUCUUCAAAAGCAGAUGGACGAACUGCAGCAGGAGAACCUGGAGCUCGUACGGAGCCUCGCCGCUCAGGAGGAAGCUCUGAGCUACAGCAACCGGCAGCUGGAUCAGCGCUCGUCAGAGUGCCAUGCCCUCAGCCGGCAGCUGGAGGCAGCUUUAGCAGAUGUUAAACAACAGGUCAACAAGGUAAAAGACCAGGCUCUUUCCAGAGAAGAGGCCCUUCAGACCAAAAUCCUUGAGCUGGAAGCAGAGAAGAGCAGAAGGGAUAAUGAGCUGAGGCUUCUUCGUCAGAGUAAGCUGACUGCAGAGAGACAGUUUGAGGUGCGUCUGAAGGACCUGCAGCUCAGCCUGGACCAAUCAGAGAGCCACAAACAGAGCAUUCAGAACUAUGUUGAUUUCCUCAAAAAUUCCUACAAGACCAUGUUUGACGAGGGACUGCAAACUUCGAGUUUUGGAUCAUCAUAUUUUCUAAAAUAAUUAAGGACUCCUUAACUCAGUUUUAAAUUUUGUAUUUAUUAAUUUGUUUUUGUGUACUGUAAUAUUUAUAAGGCCUAUUUUUAAAAAAAGGGAAGGGAGGCAAGAAUUUAAAUCACUUUUAGAGGAAGUAAAAGCUCAUUUUUUAUAGCUCUGGGCUAUCUUUAGAUAUCUACUUCUUCAUUUAGCUGACAGUCUAUUACCUUUUUUCCCCCUCAGGUGUCAGGGGAAUCGGCUCCUGUUGUGAAAGGUUUCAAUACCUGUUUUUAUCUCAUGUCCCGAGUCGCGUUACCUAAUAUUUUCACGUGUAUGCAAAUUUUGGAUUGUGAACUCUUGGUGCUACUACAUCUUUUUCCAUUUGGGGGAAAAGUAACGUGCCACUAGGUGGGACUGUUUUGUUAGCCAUCUUUUCUCCUCUGUCAAGUGGAGUCUUUUACCCACAGUAUAUUGUGCAUUUGGUCAGCAGUCUUACCUCAGUCACUACUAAAUGAGUUCUGUGAAACAUACAGAAUUCAAUGCAAGUGUAAGACAAGGUCUAUCUUUGUGCAGCUGGUUCCAGGUUGUCAUAUUUGAAGCCAUGCGUACAGCUAAUUAUGACAACAGUUUUUAACCCAUACAACUAGUGCUUUAAACCUAAGUAUUAUGUUGGUGCAUAUGCAGCCAGCCAAGUUUACCUCGUUUAAACCACAUUUAACAUGGUGCUCCAUUUAAACAUGAAUAUGCUCCAACUGCUCUCCAAUUAAAAUCAUCAUAAUUCUUCUGCUGAUGCAUCUGAUGGGAAAUUUCACUGUUAUUCUGCUUAUGCUAAAAACCAGUUUGUGUGUGUUUUUGAAUUUGUAGAAAUCAUAGGAAGGUGUGAUGUAAAUUGAAUGUGUUUGCUUUGUGAUUCUCAGCUGGACUGAGAUGAAUUAGGCUGAAAAUCCAUUGUUUAGCUGUCAGAUGUGAAGCUUAUGCCUUUAGGCUCGCAAACAUAAUUACUGAGAUACAUGCAACGCUGGGAUAUUUCCAAACCACUGAUGCUGGUUUGCUCUCAUGCUUUUGUAAUGGAGGUUUUUACAUUACUGAGGCUUAGGGGCACGGGAGGAUACAGGUAUCUGCUGCAGCACAGUUUACCAAAAAAAACCGAACUCUGUUUGUCUUGUACUCUAUUUGGAUUUUUGUUGUUGUCUCCUGUUGCUUGACUUGUGGUCAUGCUGUAUCUAUGGUAAUAAACUACCAUCGUUCAAACCA